AUGGUUUCCAGUUGUUUGUAAUCUAAUAAAGUAUGGAAUUAAAAAAAUGGAAUUUUAACAUUAGAAUAAAAUUUGAAAGGUCAUAAUGAUAUUGUAAAUUACCAUUUAUUCAGUAAAAAGGAAAAUUUUUAUAUUUCAGCUAUUGUUAUAAAACUAUAAGAUGUUGGAAAUCUUAUAUAGAAAAUGAAUGGGAAUGCUCAAGUUCUUAUUAUUACAAACUUCAAAUGA